CGAAUGAAGCGUUUAGUCUGUUGCUGUCUUUGAUACGGAGUAGUUGGAUACAGAUCGUUGAUCGAUAGAUUAUAACUGCGCGAACUUCCAUUUAUAUUUUUUAAAUCAUUUUAUUAAAUAUUACAUUUUAGUAAAAAUUGUAAAAAACAGAUUUAUGCAAAUUUGUUAUAUGCAAUUAUAGUUUUAAUCGGAUAACUCGUUUUAAUUAAAAAAAUAUAUAUAUAUAAACAGAAUUUUUUAUAUGAAAAAUUGUAAUAUUUUUUUUUAAAUUUAAUAUAUAAAAUGACGGGAAUAUUUAAUCGUUUUUUCGGAUUUUGGACAAAUGACUCUAAAAUUGACGAAGCUACAGGACUUACGGAAAGACAAAAGAGACUUGUACAGAAUACGUGGGCUAUUAUAAAGAAAGAUCAAGUUGCAUCCGGCUGUGCUGUAAUGUUGGCCUAUUUCAAGAAAUAUCCGGAACAUCAGCGAAGUUUCCCGGCAUUCAAAGAUAUGCCAAUAGAUCAACUAAAUAAUAAUAAAAAAUUUCAAGCUCAUUGCGCAGGUAUAAUAGCUACAAUAAGUACCGUCAUUGACUCUUUACAAGAUGCUGAACUAUUAGUAGCAAACAUAGUUGUUUUUGCCGAAAGACAUAGGAAACGUGGUCAGACGAUAAAGUCGUUUGAGGAUUUAAAGCCGGUAAUAGCGGAAGUUCUUCGAGAAGCUUUAGGAAAACAGUUCACUUUGGAAGUAGAGGAAGCAUGGAAUAAAACACUGGACGUUUUCUUUUCGAAAAUAUAUGAAGUUUUGGGUUAAAAGGAAAUUUUUCUUUUAAAGCAAAAAAUAUUAUAUAUUUUUAAUAUUAUAAAAAAAUAUUACAUUC